AUGCCUCUCCCUCAAAUCACCGACCAAGCGCAGCUUGACAGGGCCAUCAACGACCACAAGUCAAGCAUCAUAAUCUUCUCGGCUAUAUGGAGCCCUGUAAGCGAAGCAACCAAAGAUAACUUCGAAAAAGCCGGCGCCAAGUAUCCGGCGGUAUACCAGGCCUGGAUCAGCAUCGAUGAGAAUGCAGACCUGGCGCAGAAAUACGACGUCACUAGUAUUCCGACUACAAUUGGAUUCAAGGAUGGCGCCCAGGCGGCGAAGUUCAUCGGGCCUCAACUAGUGGAGCCGCAGGUUGAGGAUUUCAUCCGGAAGGUACUCUAG